GCGCUGGGCCCGGCGGCGGCCCGGCGGCGGCCGCGGCACGGUGCGCGCUUAGCAGCGGUAGAGCGGGAGCCGGAGCCGGGACCGGGACCGCGCUCCGGGCGGGCCGCAGGGCCCAGCUCCGCGGACUAGGCGGCCCCACCCGAGCCGCGCGGGACCCUCUCAGCAUGGAGGCCAUGCCAAAGCUACAGGGCUUCGAAUUCUGGAGCCGGACCCUGGGGGGGGCCCGCCAUGUGGUGGCCCCCAUGGUGGACCAAAGCGAGCUGGCCUGGAGGCUGCUGAGCCGCCGCCAUGGGGCACAGCUCUGUUAUACCCCCAUGCUGCAUGCCCAGGUCUUUGUCCGAGAUGCCAACUACCGGAAGGAAAACCUGUACUGUGAAGUGUGCCCCGAAGACCGGCCCCUCAUUGUGCAGUUCUGUGCCAACGACCCAGAAGUGUUUGUGCAGGCGGCUCUCCUGGCCCAGGAUCACUGUGAUGCCAUUGACCUGAACUUGGGUUGCCCGCAGAUGAUAGCCAAGAGAGGUCACUAUGGUGCCUUCCUACAGGAAGAGUGGGACCUGCUCCAAAGAAUGAUUCUCCUGGCCCAUGAGAAACUCUCUGUUCCUGUCACAUGCAAAAUCCGUGUCUUCCCAGAGAUCGACAAGACGGUGAGGUACGCCCAGAUGUUGGAGAAAGCUGGCUGUCAGUUGCUGACUGUGCAUGGACGCACCAAGGAGCAGAGGGGGCCCCUGUCAGGCACAGCGUCCUGGGAACACAUCAAGGCUGUGCGGAAGGCUGUGACCAUCCCUGUGUUUGCCAACGGGAACAUCCAGUGCCUGCAGGAUGUGGAGCGGUGCCUGCGGGACACAGGCGUCCAGGGGGUCAUGAGUGCAGAGGGCAAUCUGCAUAACCCGGCCCUGUUUGAGGGCCGGAGCCCUGCUGUGUGGGAGCUGGCCGAGGAGUACCUGGACCUUGUGCGCCAGCACCCCUGCCCACUGUCCUACGUCCGGGCCCACCUCUUCAAGCUGUGGCACCACACGUGGAGGCAGCUGAUCAAGCAGCCUGGAGGGCCCAGCUCCAUCUGUUGGGUCUGUCCCAGGCUGCAGGUGCAUCAGCAGCUUCGAGAGGAGCUCGCCAAAGUGAAGACUCUGGAGGGCAUCGCUGCUGUGAGCUUGGAGCUGAAGCUGCGGUGUCAGGAGGAGAUGUCCAGGUGGCAGGGAAAGAAGCCCCCCAGUGACCUGCCAUUCUUCCACUGGAUCUGCCAACCCUACAUCCGGCCAGGGCCCAGGGAUGGGAGCAAGAACGCUGGGGCUUGCAGCAAGCGGGCCCUGGAGGAGGAGGAGGGCAGCAUGGAGGUCCUGUCCAAGAACAAGCAGAAGAAGCAACUGAGGAACCCCCACAAGACCUUUGACCCCUCUGUGAAACCUAAAUAUGCAAAGUGCGACCAGUGUGGAAACCCAAAAGCUGGGUGCAGCCAGAGCUGGGCUGGAUAUGUCCAAGCUGUGGGCCUCUGGCAGGUUUCCAGCCUGGCCAGGGUUCCCCCAACCUCGCCUGCUGCUUUCCUGUGCUCAGGGCAACAGAUGUGUCUUCAACCUGUGCCGUGGCUGCUGCAAGAAGCGGGCCUUCAGGGAGACUGCAGACUGCCCAGGUCACGGGUUGCUUUUUAAAACCAAAUUGGAGAAGUCUCUGGCCUGGAAAGGGGCCCAGCUCGGGCGGCAAGAGCCUCAGCAGGCAGGGCCCAGUACCCCAGCUGGCUUCUCUGAAGUCACAGGCAGUACCCUGGCCUAAGGGCCAGUAGGACCUGCUCCACCCCGCGACUGCUGCUGGAGCUUGGACACGUCUUGCUUAAGGAAAUGCCUCUUUCUCAGGGAAUCUCCUGCUGUUUAAUAUGGAAGGACGUGCCGAUGUCCUCCCCUAGGCCCACAGAGGAGCCUGGAAAUGCUGCAGCUGGGAGCAGGCUUCAGGCCGAACCUGCCCUGUCCUCACUUGUGCUCUCAAAAGUGAACAAUAAACCCUUUCAAAGGUGCG